CGGGGCCGGCCCGCGCUCGGGGCCCAUCUCCGAGAAGGCUGGGGGUCGGGGAGGCGGCGCGUUGGUGGGCUGGGCCGUAUCCCCGUGUUCGCGCUGAGCCUCACUCUCCCUGCUCCAGCGAAGGCCAUGAGGGUGCACGAGAGACUGGGCCUGUCCCUGCUGCGCCCCCCGUGGGCACUGCCCUCCCUGCUGCUGGCGCUGGCUGCGCGCGGGGCGGCGGAUACACCCACCUACCCGUGGCGCGACGUGGAGACGCGAGAGUGGCUGGCGUGCGCCCAGUGCCCCCCAGGCACCUUCGUGCAGCAGCCGUGCCGCCGGGACAGCCCCACGGCGUGCGGCGCGUGCCCGCCACGCCACUACACGCAGUUCUGGAACUACCUGGAGCGCUGCCGCUACUGCAACGUCCUCUGCGGGGAGCGCGAGGAGGAGGCGCGGCCGUGCGGCGCCACCCACAACCGCGCCUGCCGCUGCCGCCCCGGCUUCUUCGCGCACGCUGGCUUCUGCCUGGAGCACGCGCCGUGUCCGCCCGGCGCCGGCGUGACCGCUCUGGGUACCCCCGGCCAGAACACACAGUGCCAGCCGUGUCCUCCCGGCACCUUCUCCGCCAGCAGCUCCAGCUCAGAGCACUGCCAGCCCCACCGCAACUGCACGGCCCUGGGCCUCGCCCUCAACGUGCCGGGCUCCCCCUCCCACGACGCCCUGUGCACCAGCUGCACUGGCUUCCCGCGCCGCGGGGAGGGGCCGGGUGAGCCAGGGACUGAAGAGUGUGAGCGCGCUGUCAUCGACUUCGUAGUUUUCCAAGACAUCUCCUCCAAGAGGCUGCAGCGGCUGCAGCAGGCCCUCGCGGGCCCGGCGGGAUGGGACCCGUCGCUGCUGAGGGGCGGCCGCGCAGCCCUGCAGGAGAAGCUGCGGCAGCAGCUCACGGAGCUGCAAGGAGUGCGGGACGGGGCGCUGCUGGCACGGCUGCUGCAGGCGCUGCGAGCAGCCCGGCUGCCGGGGCUGGAACGGAGCGUCCGCGCCCGCUUCCUCCCUGCGCACUGAGUGCCGCCCUCACCCCCUUAUUUAUCCUACAGCCGGCCGAGUCUGGGUCCGC